GUUGUCAUGGCGGCGGCGGCGGCGCGGGGCCUCGAGAACAGCGGGCGGGAGAGGAGUGAGCAGACGCUGCCCCCUCCUCACGGCCCGUGAUCCCCACCCCCAGUGAUGGAGCGUCAGGCCCCGGAGAGCGCGGUCACUGACUACCAUGUGCUGCAGGUGAUCGGACAAGGCUCCUUCGGCACCGUCUACAAGGGUCGUAAGAAGUUCAGUGGGCAGGUGGUGGCGCUGAAGUUCAUUGCCAAGCGGGGCCGCUCGGAGCGGGAGCUACGCAGCCUGCAGCGGGAGAUCGACAUCAUGCACGGGCUGCGUCACCCCAAUAUCAUCCAGAUGCUUGACAGCUUCCAGACCCCCACCCAGGUGGUGGUGGUAACGGAGUUUGCUCAGGGGGAGCUCUUCCAUGUGCUGGAGGAUGACGGCAGCUUCCCCGAGGAGCAGGUGGGUGCGGGGGUGGCAGCCCAGCUGGUCUCUGCUCUGCAUUACUUGCACUCCCACCGCGUCCUGCACCGGGAUCUCAAGCCGCAGAACGUGCUCAUCGGCAAAGGAGGCGUCCUCAAGCUGUGCGACUUUGGCUUUGCGCGGGCCAUGGGCCUGCAGACCCUGGUGUUGACGUCCAUCAAGGGCACUCCUCUGUACAUGUCGCCGGAGCUGGUGGAGGAAAGGCCGUAUGACCACAGGGCCGACCUGUGGUCCCUGGGCUGCAUCCUGUACGAGCUGCAUGCUGGCCGCCCGCCCUUCUACACCUCCAGCAUCUUCCAGCUGGUCAGCCUGAUCGUGCGUGACCCCGUGCAGUGGCCCAAGGGCAUCAGCCCCCACUUCAAGAGUUUUCUCCAGGGGCUGCUGACCAAGGAUCCCCGGAAACGUCUCUCGUGGCCUGACCUGCUGCUGCACCCCUUCAUUGUGGACAGAGUGAGCGUGCUGCCGGAGCAGGAUGCGGGUGUGGAGGGGCGGUCGCUGACCCAGCAGCCCAGCCCCGAGGAGGAGGUGCUAAGGGAGCAGCAUGGCCGGGCUCAGGCUCCCCGUCCCGGACAUUCCCGCAUCCUCACCAGGGCCCGGCAGCGGCUGCUGGAGGUGGCCCCCACACAGGACGCGGACAGGGGGCAGAACCCAGCCCCGGAGCCCCAGCCCAGGAUGGAGCCCCCCGGCCCAGAGAGGGGGCGGGCAGCGCGGGAGGAACCGGCAGUGGAGGCCGCACCCACUGGCACUGCCCCCCUCUGUGGCAGGGGAAGUGGGGCCUGGGACAGCCACAAGAUCAGCCACGAUUACCAGCUGCAGUUUGCCCUAGUCCACGUGCCGGAGAGGGAGGGUCCCGGAACGGAGAGCGAGGGGGAGACGGACAGUGAGGAGGAGUGGGAGCGUCUGAUGGAGGUCACCGAUCCGCCUGCUCUGCAGCUCAGCACCCCCCUCGCCCUCCUGAGGGACCCGGCCUUCCCACCGCACCGCCUCCGC